AUGCAACGCAAAAGGAUUCGCCCGAUCACUCCCCUUCAAUUCUCAGGCGAGGAUUCGGAGCCGUCCGGGAUGAACAUGUCAUUUGUUACUAAACCCACGGCGAGGGCUUCGACUAGCGGCCGCAUGAAGGAGAUGCAGCUGGCUGUCAUGCUAUAUUUGGAGUGGAUUUCUGUUAUUAGGGCGAGUUUGGGGGUUGGUAAAGUGGAGGUGGGUAAGAUACGUUAUAUCAGGGGAGAAAGAGAGCAUAGCUACUAUCUUCCUCCGCUUCACCAUAUUCAAAUCUCAUAGAAGAUAAACCGGCACGAGAACGAGCAAGAUCUGGGUAAGUAGAUUUAGUACCGCGUUUACGAUCCAGAAUCCCCACUAUCCCACAUUAGUCCUGGCAGGAGUCUCCCACAAAUUCCGUUUAUCCUCGCUAAACUCACCGUAUCGAAACACCUCCCCGUCGCGGUAUCUAACGUUUUCGAAACUCCGCAUUGAAAGAAUAUAGCAAUUACCGAGGCCACGAACCAGCUGGUUAUCAGUCCCAAGAGACCUUUCACGACGCCCUUGCUGGUUUCGGUACGGGUCAUGGUGAUGAGGAUUUGGGCGGCGGCCAUUUUGGCGACGCUGAUGAUGGGGAGAUAGAGGAUUUGGGAGAUAUAUGCUGCCUAUUACUUUCAUGUUAG